ACGCAAGACGACGCAGGGGGUUGUCAUUGCCCAGAUAACGGGUCAAUUGGGUCUUCAAACUCACACAAUUAGUCUUCUUCGCUUUCUUUUGUCCCUUCAUGGCUGAAGAAAAGCAUCCUAGAAUCGUCUUCUUUGCCAUUCGAAGGUAAUUCCUGACGAAUUUGCAAAGAAAGAGGGCGCAAAGACGAACCUCUGCCCGACUAAUUACCCCCCCGAAAGUCUCCUGAGAGACUGUUUGUGGCACAGGAAGAGCGAAAUUAGGGAAUGACAGGCUCAUAAAAAGGCGUGAUUGCGUAUGAUAAAGAAACUCUAUUUACAGGCCAAAUAUUUUUGAUUAUGAUCCAAAUAGAAGACGCUUCGCCAAAGGUGGUAAAAAGGUGGCGGGAUUCCGACUCUGGGUGGCUGUAAUUGUCUUAUCAGGAACUCCCAUCGUCUUGCGGGGCGUAUAAAAAGAGCCUCCGCGCUGUGCAUCACGCAUAAGUCUGUUGGAUAUAUCGUGAGAUAAGUCAACCAAGAGAAGAAGUGUCCAAAAUGAGAGUGUCGCAAGUGAUCGUGAUCCUGGGAUUCGUGGCCGCUGCCCAAGCGCUGCCGGCCAACAUUGAGAGCAGUGAGUUGAGAGUUUCUGCGCAGCAGAGCUUUAUUUGGGGACUAAGAAGGGAAUCUCUUUCUGCAGUUGUUGGACCGAGUGCUGACGAGUUGGGCGACAACUUCGAGGGUGACAUCAAGUUUGCGCCAGAUCAGGUCAUUUCGCCACACACUGGCAUCCUGGACUCUUACUGGCGCUGGGAGAAUGCCAUCAUUCCAUAUGAAUUCGCGGCGGAUUUCACCUCGAGCCAUCGUUCAAUCAUUCUGGCCGGCAUGGCUGACAUCCAGGCCUCCACGUGCGUGACAUUCGUGCCCAGGACAACACAGCGCGACUACAUCACCAUUCAGAAUGCCAACUCUGGCUGCUGGUCGUACGUGGGGCGCAUCCGCAACGCCCAGAUCCUCAAUCUGUCCAUCCAGGCGGGCUGCGUGACUCGCGGCAUCGCCACGCACGAGCUCAUCCACGCCAUUGGCUUCUUCCACGCGCAGAGCGACGUGAAUCGCGAUCAGUACGUGCGCAUCAAGUGGGACAACAUGAUCGCCGGCAAGGAGCACAACUUCGAGGCCUACACGAACAGCUACGUGACCGACUACGGCGAGGGCUACGACUACGGCAGCAUCAUGCACUACGGCCCGUACGCCUUCUCCAAGAACUACCUGCCCACCAUCGAGGCCAUCUACAACACCGGCCAAGUGAUGGGACAACGCGAUGGCAUGAGCCAGAAGGACAUCAACAAGAUCCGCAAAAUGUACAGCUGCUGAGCAUUUCCGACGCAAGACAACAAUAAAGACAAAUUUUCAUAUACAAUCUCGGUGUCUUAUUUUGCCAAUCUGCUAAAGAGUAAUUAACUGAAAAACCUACCGAAACACAUCUUCAUCUGUAUCGGCGGAAAAUGAUGAAUUCUAUAAAUUUUGUGAGCUUCUGCGCGUCACUGUAUAUUUUAGCAAGUAUUUAUCAUUGAUUGAGCAUUUGUAAGUCGGAAAGAACCGUUCUUCAGGUGAUUCUGCGAUAUAUAGAAUUUCGCCACUAGAAUUCCACUCAUUGACCCACUUUGAGCUGGAAAUCUUAUACACUCAGGCCUUGGCUAGAUUGUGGCGUGGAUUUAUUGCAGUGAAUCAAUAAAGCCCAUUGAAUAGAUAAUUGAAUGUGAUUCAUUUUGACCACCUGAAUUCAUUGACUGUCGCGCAUCAGAGUGACAAAUGCGUGCAGUUUUUCGGCUCACGCGGCUUUUUCUCUCUUUGCCACUUAUAAUGUAAUUUUUGCAAAUUUAUGUUCUUAUGAAUCGCGCUGAUCGCUGAUGAUUUUUCACGGCUGUAAUUCAUAUUUAAAUGAAGAAGACUCUGACCUCUGGGAUAUUUUAAUUAAUUUGUCCACACGCGAGCAUCUCUUCCUCCAUGGCGAACAUUUAUCAAUAUAUAAAUUCCCACCCAAAAAAAGUGUUUUUGGUGAUGAGUUGUUGCGCGUGAAUCAUUUGGCAUCAAAUCGAAUUUAUAGACUUGCUAAAUGCUCUUGGCAAUCAAUUUUUUUUCUUUCUCGCUCUCUCGCACUUCAUCCAUUAAAGAGAACAGAAAUUUCACCCCUAAAAUAAGAACACGUGUGAUUUUAGCUUCUUUUCAAUGAAAAAUCACAAGAUCAAAAUUAAUUUAAGUGCUAAUUAAUUUUAUGCAAAUCACCGAAAUUAUUUUUAUCUGCGAUCGGAAGAAUUCGUG